AUGAAAGUUCAUUUGCCUGUUUUCUCCAUGACUAGUUUGUUUUGGUGUGUAUUUGUCUCCAUCUUCUUAGUUAAUACUCUUGUUUCUGUGCCAUUUCCUCUUCCCAACCAAAUAGAGAUCCUUCUGGCUUUCAAGAAGGAGUUUCUAUCGCCAACCUGCAGCCCUACGGUGCUAAGCUCCUGGACAAAAAACACUCGCUCUUUCGAUGGGGUUGUGUUUGAUAACGAGACCGGUGUAGUGACGGAGCUACACCUUUCUGAAGCAUGUCUCAAAGGCACCAUCAAGAACAAUAGUAACCUCUUCAAAUUCCAUCACCUCAGGUAUCUCGAUCUCUCUUAUAACCACUUUGAAGACUCUUUCCCUUCUGAAUUUGGCAACCACUUUGAAGAAUACUCUUUCCCCUCUGAAUUUGGCGGACUCGCCAACUUAGAGUUCUUGAACUUUCGCUAUAGUGGCUUGGUUGGCGAAGUUCCAUUAUCAAUUCAUAACCUAAGCCGCCUAACCUUCUUGGACCUUUCACAAAACGAUCUCACUGGUGGCUUUCCCCUUAUAUAUAAUUUAUCCAAGCUUUCCUAUUUAAACCUUUCCUAUAAUAACUUUAUUGGAACCAUUCCUUCUUCUCUUCUCACCAUGCCUUCCCUUUUAAACCUUGAUUUGCGACAAAACGGUCUCAGAGACCCACCUGAAAAUCUAAAUUCUUCUUCAUCCUCUAAGCUUGAAAGGUUAUACCUAGGCGGAAACCUUUUUAGUGGUCGGAUACUAGAGCCUAUCUCAAAGUUAGUCAAGCUCACGUCUCUAGACCUGUCAUUUCUCAACAUGAUCUACCCAAUCAACAUAGUUUUCUUGCCACUCAAGUCUUUGGAGUAUUUGGAUCUUUCCGGCAAUACUCUAUCAAGGCUUAAUACCAGUUCCACUGACCACGCCUUACCAAAGUUGGUCGAACUGAAGUUGUCCUACUGCAACAUCUUCGAGUUCCCCAAAUUUCUUAUGACUUUACAGUCUCUGGAGUAUUUGGAUCUUUCCUGGAAUAAUCUGUUAAGGCUUAAUACCAGUUCCGACCACGCUUUAACAAAGUUGAUCGAACUGAACUUGUCCAACUGCAGCAUCUCCGAGUUCCCCAACUUGUCGAAGACUCUAAACUUGCAGCAUUUAGACAUUUCAAACAAUAGGCUCAAAGGAAAAGUGCCUGCAUGGUUAUGGACUUUGCCUGUGACCAGAUUGUCUCUGUAUCACAACUCCCUCAAUGGUUUUGAAGGUUCGCGAGAAGUGCUCCUAAAUUCGUCUCUUGAAAUGUUAGAUUUGGCGUCAAACACCUUUGGAGGGCCUUUUCCUAUUCUUCCACCAACCAUCGACUAUGUGGUUGCAUCAAAUAAUAAUUUCACAGGGGAGUUACCUCUUUCACUAUGCAGUCCAAGGAAACUAAGUCUCCUUGAUCUAUCGUCAAACAAUUUCAGUGGUCCAAUUCCCGGAUGCUUGGGUGAUUCAAUAAAUGGAGAGAUGAAUCUCCGUAAGAACAACCUUAACGGGAACCUUCCCCAUGAAUUAUGCAGAAGUGGCUCACUAAUAACAAUUGACGUUGGCCACAAUCAAAUAAGUGGGAAGCUUCCCAGGUCACUUGUAAACUGCAAAAGCCUAGAGGUUCUAAACGUGGAGAGCAAUCAAAUCAAUGAAACAUUUCCUUUCUGGUUGAAGUAUUUGCCGAAUCUGAAAGUGCUCGUCCUACGAUCAAACAGGUUCCAUGGUCCUAUAUCUUCUCCUCAAUAUCCCCUGAUGUUUUCGAAACUGAGGAUAAUUGACAUAUCGCUUAACAUGUUUGACGGGAGCCUUCCACCAAAUUACUUUGUGAACUGGAGUACAUCUCUGGUGAGUAUCUUUGAAGAUUAUCGACAGGGAGAUAACAGGAGGGUUAAGUUCAGAUUCCACCAUUCUUUGUCUUCGGGAAACAAAGUAAAAAACAUUGAGUUGGUUAGGAUCCUAAACACUUUUGCAGCUGUUGAUUUCUCUGUAAACAGAUUUGGAGGAGAGAUUCCAGAAUCCGUAGGUCUCUUGACCUCGCUGCUUCUCCUAAACUUAUCCAACAACGGUUUCACCGGUCAUAUUCCAUCUUCUAUGGGCAACCUCUCAAAUCUCGAGUCACUGGAUAUACGUCGAAACCAACUUUCAGGGACAAUUCCACAAGGCUUAGCACGUCUCUCGUUCUUGGAGUAUAUUAAUGUAUCAUAUAACAAACUCACUGGCCAAAUACCACAGGGUACACAGAUUGUAGGCCAACCUGAGUCUGCAUUUAAAGGGAAUAUCGAUCUAUGUGGCCUUCCUCUUCAAAAGAGUUGCUUCAGGGAUAAUGUAUCAGCAACAACACAUACACACCAUAUAAAACCCUCAAAAGAAUCAUCUCAUGCUUCCAAAGCUAUGCUGCAUACCCUCAAUUCCCGUAACCCCUUGCUGCUAUUCUCGUUCCUUAUAGUCUUCUCUCUUUCUCUAUUCCAAUUUCACCAAGUUUGUAGCUACUUCUGA